GGGCGCAGGCGCGCUGGGCAGCCCGGCCCGCGCAGGGCCCCGGUCCUCUGGCGCGGUGCUGAGCGCUCGGCUCGGUGGGGCCUAAGAUGUCGACCAAGAAUUUCCGCGUGAGCGACGGGGACUGGAUCUGCCCCGACAAGAAGUGCGGGAAUGUAAACUUUGCGAGAAGAACCAACUGUAAUAGAUGUGGAAGAGAAAAAACAACAGAAGCCAAAAUGAUGAAAGCUGGAGGGACUGAAAUAGGGAAGACACUUGCUGAAAAGAGUCGUGGGCUCUUCAGUGCUAACGACUGGCAGUGUAAAACAUGUGGUAACGUGAACUGGGCCAGAAGAUCAGAAUGCAAUAUGUGUAAUACUCCAAAGUACGCAAAAUUGGAGGAAAGGACAGGAUACGGAGGAGGAUUUAAUGAACGAGAGAAUGUUGAAUAUAUAGAACGUGAGGAAUCAGACGGGGAGUACGAUGAGUUUGGGCGCAAAAAGAAAAAAUACAGAGGGAAGCCAGUUGGUCCUGCAUCUAUCCUGAAGGAAGUAGAAGAUAAGGAGUCUGAAGGGGAAGAUGAGGAGGAUGAGGAUGAAGAUCUCUCCAAAUAUAAGUUGGAUGAGGAUGAGGAUGAAGAUGAUGCUGACCUCUCAAAAUAUAAUCUUGAUGCCAGUGAGGAAGAGGACACUAAUAAGAAAAAGAAAUCCAAUAGACGCAGUCGCUCUAAGUCUCGGUCUUCCCACUCACGAUCUUCAUCACGCUCAUCCUCUCAUUCAAGCUCAAGGUCUAGGUCCAGGUCCCAUUCAAGAAGUUCUUCCAGUUCCAGAUCAAGAUCUCGUUCCAGUUCCAGGGAGCACUCUAGAUCUCGUGGGUCGAAAUCAAGAUCCAGCUCCAGGUCCUACAGGGGGUCUUCCACCCCAAGAAAGAGAUCUUACUCGAGCUCUCGUUCUUCCUCCUCCCCCGAGAGAAGCAAGAAGCGAAGUCGUUCUCGAUCUUCUUCAUCUGGUGAUCGCAAAAAAAGACGAUCGAGAUCACGGUCACCCGAAAGACGCCGCAGAUCAUCAUCUGGAUCUUCCCAUUCUGGUUCCCGUACAAGUUCUAAAAAGAAAUAACGUAUUAAAGCUCACCUUUAAAAAACAAAAAACCCAGGAAAAACAAAUUCCAGUCAGUGCAUGAGACAUUUUUAAGAAGUUGGUGUCUUACUUGGUCAGAAGUGCUAAAUCUGCUAGUAGAGGUGCAUGUCUGUCCUUGCUUUCUGGAAACCUGCAGCUUUGUUCAUGAAACAAAACGUGAGGUAGCAUUUUAAGCCAUAAACUCCUCACAGGAGGUGUGAGGAUUUAUUACUUGAGUAAAGAGGGGAGUUAUUAUUAUUUUUCAAGACUCAGUUGCUCAGUUUCUGGCUCUCUCACUCAAUUCCUGGCUCUGUUCCAUGUAAGAGCAGGUACGUUCCAACCCCAUUUUGCUCUUCAUGUGACAAUUACAAGAAGUAUCUGAGGAAUGCAGAAGAACCCAUAACCUUUCUGCAUCCAGCUCCUGAGCUUGUUCAUAUGGGACCACACAAGAUUAGUGUAGCUGUAGGGCUGGGCUUACCCACUGGAUGACAGUAGUGAGUACUUAGUUCUAGUUAUUGUUUGGUUUUCUGUGUUGAAGUACAGGUGGAUGCCCCUCUCUUUAGCUCUGUUCAGUGCAAAGUAGUCAUUAAAUACCCAGAGCAGCAGAUGUGUAGAGAGCACAUUAGACCUUGUUCCUUCCAAGCAAGGAUGUUUCAGAUAUUGGGCAUUGUCCUCUCCAAAGCUGGUGUCCCAUAGCUGCCAGUGCCUAUCACUAGGAAUGAUUUGCUGCCAUCAGCAACAUGCCCUUUGCAGAGGGUACUGGCUGUGGUGGUGUCACACACAUGGACCCUGAAUGCAGCGAUCCUCUCCUAUAGAAAGAUCACUUUAGGAGCUACUCUUGAGAUGGAGGCAUGUGGAACUAGCUUCUUGGAAUCAAGUGAAGCUUCUGCAGGCCGUCUAUAAAAUUCAUUUGGGGCUGACUAAAACUUUUAAGGUAUCUGAAUUUUAUUUAUAUUUAAAAGUGAGAAUUAAUAAACUCUGUAGAAAGUGCUGACAUCCUAAAUGUGUUUUUCAUCAGUCAUUCUUUUUCCCUUAAACAAAAUUUAUGGCUUAAAAUGCUUCAUUGAAUCUAUUUGGAUAGCAAUAUCACAUUAAGACUUGGUCUCCCUUGAGCUCCGUUUGGUUAAGCAAGGUUUAAGUAUCGUCAGUGCCAUCACAAGGUAAGUAUGUUAAGGAAAGUUUUUGUUUUUAAGCAAGCAAACAGCAAUAUAUCUGCAUUUACUUGAGUCCUAGAGCUUCCAAACUCCUUUUUGACCACUGCUUUUUAGAAUGAACUGCACAGAAGCAAACGGAGCAACAUUUAAAAACCAGAUUCUUCCUUUUCUUUUUAUUUGUUAAGACACUUCUUUUGGACUGAUGUAGAAGCAGAAUGGUUUUGGUGUAGAGAUAUUUUGAUAAUCUCUUUUUUGCAGAAGAAAGAGUGCUCUGCAGUUUCUUCUUUAAUGCUUUAUUUUCUAAUUUCAGUGCUAGGUGUGUGUAGGUUGCACAAGAGCAGGUUAGUCUUGUAACUGCCUCUGACAACUUCAGUCCAACUACUAAACUGUACAGAUUGGAGCCGCUAGAUGCGAUGUUGUUAGCCUUUGGGUUUUCUCCUUGUGCUUUGUAUUACAAUUGUUGCUGUACUUAACAAGAUGGAAGUUUUUACAUUUAGCAAAUAGGCUACCAGACAAAGGAAAGUGAUGGUUUCAUUUGGCUUAGAUAAAAUGUAAGGCAAAAUGAUUCUGUAGACAAGUGUAAAUAAAGCCUGUGAGUCAACUGUG